GACAUAACUUUUUUAUCAAUGGGUGAUACUGCCGUUUUAAUAGAAUAAAUUAUGAAAAAUGUAAAGAAGCAAAUAUCAAGUGAGACCAGUCUUGGAUAGCGUAAUGAUGAUGGUGGUGGUUCAACUAUGGGAGACGCUCAAGGAAACCAUUAAAGCUUACACUGGACUCUCCCCCGCUGCGUUUUUCACCGUCUUAGCUCUCGCUUUCGCCGUCUACCAUGUCGUCUCCGGUUUCUUCGCCUCUCCCGAGGAACACCGCCCUCGUUCUGCGGAGGUUUACCCGCAGUCAGAGCCUCUUCCGCCGCCGGUUCAGCUCGGGGAAAUCACGGAGGAGGAGCUUAAGCAGUAUGACGGUUCCGAUUCUAAAAAGCCCCUUCUCAUGGCGAUCAAAGGCCAGAUCUACGAUGUUUCCCAGAGCAGGAUGUUCUAUGGACCAGGUGGACCUUACGCUCUGUUUGCAGGGAAAGAUGCAAGCCGAGCUUUGGCAAAGAUGUCCUUUGAGGAGAACGAUUUGACCGGAGACAUCUCGGGUCUCGGUCCUUUUGAGCUAGAUGCGUUACAAGACUGGGAGUACAAGUUCAUGAGCAAGUAUGUCAAAGUCGGGACCAUUCAGAAGAAGGAUGAAGAAGGUAAAGAAAAAACAGAAGAUUCUACAAACACUGGAGAAGAAGCUUCGGCUACUACUGUUGGCGAAACUUCCAGAAGCGUUGAAGAGAAAACAAUACAAACCAUCGAGAAGAAGGAUGUUGCAGAUGGCGAUGCUGCAAAGGAAGAGUAAGGCAACACUCUUUCCAUGAGAAAUUACCGAGAUUUUGAAGGGGUUUUAAGUUAUAUAUAUAUAUAGCUCAAUGUGGAAGAAGGAAGCUCAAUAAAUUAAAAGAAAUGUAGACUCUGUACCUUUUGGAUCUUAUAUUGACAUAUUUAUGAAGUUUGUGAA